ACACUUCUCUAUCUUCUCUCUCGUUAACAUUUUGUUGCUAUAUAGUCUAAUAUGGCAUCCGCGUGUACUUUAAAGCUUGUUACAACCAGAGCUUUGGUGCUGGCCCUCCUAUAUUUGCUGGUUUUGCAAGGAGUUUGUGGCUGCGUUUCUGGUCAUGGAUGCUUCCAUGAAAAGCCAGCUCAAAAUAGAAAGAUAUUGCAUGCUGAUUUGAAGGAAAACAAUGGAUCCAUAACCGGUGCUGGGAAUAUGGAAAACUUUGUGGGAUGGGAAUUAAGGGCAGUGCCAUCAGGUCCAGAUCCUUUGCACCAUAAUGGUGGUAGCCCUAAGAAGCCUCGGACUGACCCUUAAGUUUCCUUUCCUUGCGCAUGUUUUAGUGUUUUGUUGGGGUGCUUAAUGAAUUAUAACAUAAUAUCUAGUCCGUUUCAGCUUCUAUUUUGGAGGGUAAUUGUUGUUUAAUCAUCAAGACACUUUGCCUUGGUCUCUUAUCUUUUUGUUCUCUAUUUUGAACUUUUGGUUUUCAUAUAUAUGUGUGUGUGUGUGUGUAAAUGCAAAUGUUUGGAAGUUGUUUGACGGUUGACUUUCAUGUAUUAAUUUAUCUUAUGGAACUAAGUUUAUAUUGACUGAUCUCAACUAUAAAGAGAGGUUAAAAACAUGGAAAAUUAAUGAACCCUUGAAGUAAAAACUAGCGAAGGAGUAUAAUCUGGGCUUUA